CAGCACCCAAUACUGUAUGUGUCAACAACACUCGAUGCAGUAUUCCUGUGUGUUAUCCAAUCAAUCGUGCAUCGUCUCAAUGGUGUCCACCGUUAACCUCGAGAAUUUCAAUCAUCAGUACAGAUUCAACAACUAUGAUAACAACGCGAUCGGCAUUGUCAAUAGCUACCACAUCAUUAACACCGACGCCAUCAGUAACCACUAAAAUAUCGACAACACCAAGAACAACAAAACUAUCGGCGAGAUCGACAAAUGUUGUAGCAACGACGACCUUUGUGCCUAGCAGAUGGUCGAAUACCACCAGUAUGAAUGUUGGACGAUCCUCUCACACAGCAUCGAUGCUGAGCAAUGGAAAAGUCUUAGUUGCUGGUGGAUAUAACUACUACGAUGGCUACUUCAGUAGUGCAGAACUCUAUGACCCAGCGACAGGAGUAUGGACAAAGACUGGCAACAUGACUAUUGCACGAUCCUAUCACACAGCAUCGAUACUAAGCAAUGGAAAAGUCUUAGUUGCUGGUGGAUCUAACUUCAAUAGCUACUUGAGUAGCGCGGAACUCUAUGACCCAGCAACAGGAGUAUGGACAAAGACCAGCAACAUGCGUUUCGAACGGAUCUAUCAUACAGCAUCCGUGCUGAGCAAUGGAAAAGUCUUAGUUGCUGGUGGAUAUAACCUCUACGAUGGCCACUUGAAUAGUGCAGAACUCUAUGACCCAGCAACAGGAGUGUGGACAAAGACUGGCAACAUGAGUAUUGCACG